UGACAUGCGCAUGCGCAGUGUGAGUGUCAGCGGGUUGGUUGGGCUUGUGUUUACAGCUCGACUGGUUGGAGCUGUUGGCUUCUGAUGUUAUUGGGAAAGUGCAAUGUUUUGCCAACCGCCAUUGGAAUAAAUAUAACCGUGGGAAUAAAGGUGAUUUAGCUCAUCAUCUCCCACCGCUUUCUCCUCCCGUCUUCCAUUCAUGAGCAGCGUGGCUGAGUUUAACAGCAGCAGCCAUGGAUGACAAAGGCUCAGUGGGGAAGAUUAGCGUGUCUUCGGACUCAGUGUCCACUCUCAACAGUGAGGACUUUGUCCUUGUGUCCCGGCUGGGGGACGAGACACCCUCCUCCACUAAUAAUGGUAGUGAUGACGAAAAGACAGGACUGAAGGUGAUUUCUGAGGAAGGGGUCAGCUUUAAGAUUGUGGGGAAUGGAAGUGAGCAGCAGCUCCAGAGAGAGUUAGAGGAUGUCCUCAUGGAACCAUCGGUAGUCGACACUGGGCUCAGAUCAGAAACAGGAAUGGACAGCCUUGGUGGUGGCGACCAUGGCCCUCUUCCUGCUACAGUGUCACCUGUACCGGCAGGCUCUGACCCUCUGAGCGCACCACCGCUCAAGUUGGAGAUGGUGCUUCCUGUUCAGACGGCUCAGGAGAGUGAGCUGAAUGAGAGAUCGUACCGAGCAGCAGAUGAAUCAUCAUCAGAUGGCAGUCCUGGCAGUCCCAUCCAAGAUGAAGACAGCGUUGUGUUCAGCCAGCUGACAUAUCUUGGGUGUGCCUCGGUCAACGCCCCCCGCAGUGAGGUGGAGGCCCUUCGUAUGAUGAGUAUCCUCAGAGGGCAGUGCCAACUCCCCCUGGAUGUCACACUGUCCGUGCCAGGCGUGUCCGAAGGCACUGUCAGGUUGCUGGACCCCAACACCUGUACAGAGAUCGCCAACUACCCUAUCUACAAGAUUCUGUUCUGUGUGCGAGGCCAUGAUGGCACACCAGAGAGUGACUGCUUUGCCUUCACUGAGAGCCACUACAAUGCUGAGAUCUUCAGGAUCCAUGUGUUCCGCUGCCAAAUCCAAGAAGCGGUGAGUAGAAUACUGUACAGCUUUGCCACAGCGUUUCGGCGGUCAGCUAAGAAGGCAGUUCUGUCAUCUCAGCAGCCUGCUCCACUCACCCCUGACAGUGACUUGUUUACCUUUACCGUCAGCCUGGAAAUCAAAGAGGAUGAUGGCAAGGGUACUUUCAGUGCUGUAGCAAAAGACAAGGACAAGCAGAGCUUCAAGCUGCGUGCAGGAAUGGAUAAGAAAAUUGUCAUUUAUGUCCAGCAGACAUCCAAUAAGGAACUGGCUAUUGAGAGGUGUUUCGGCCUCCUGCUCAGCCCAGGGAAAAAUGUGAAGAACAGCGACAUGCACCUGCUAGAUCUGGAGUCAAUGGGAAAGAGUUCCGACGGGAAGUCUUACAUCAUCACAGGAAGUUGGAACCCCAAAACGCCUCAGUUCCAGCCUGUGAAUGAGGAAACGCCCAAAGAUAAAUUCAUGUACAUGACGACAGCAGUGGACCUGGUGAUCACAGAGGUGGAGGAGCCAGUCCGUUUUCUGCUGGAGACGAGGGUCAGAGUCUGCUCCCCGAAUGACAGGCUGUUCUGGCCCUUCAGCAAGCGUAACUACACUGAGACCUUCUACCUUAAACUACGACAGAUGGAGCGUAAGGAGCGUAAGAGUCCUUCCUCCGACACACUUUAUGAGGUGGUGAGUUUGGAAAGCGAGACUGAGCGAGAGAAACGGAAGACCACAGCUAGUCCCGGCAUCCUGCCCACUGGGACUGGUACCACUGUCCCUUCACCACCUGAGGAUGAUGAAGAGGAAGAUAAUGAUGAGCCUUUACUCAGCGGGUCAGGUGAUGUUUCCAAGGAGUGUGCAGAGAAGAUCCUGGAGACCUGGGGGGACUUAUUAUCCAAAUGGCAUUUGAACUUAUCAGUGCGUCCCAGGCAGCUGCCAGCUUUGGUACGGAGUGGCAUCCCUGAGGCUCUCCGUGGGGAGGUGUGGCAGCUCCUGGCAGGCUGCCAUAACAAUGACCACCAGGUAGAAGAGUACCGCACUCUUAUUACAAAGGAAUCCCCUCAGGACAGUGCCAUCACCAGGGACAUUAACAGGACAUUCCCAGCUCAUGACUACUUCAAAGACACUGGAGGAGAUGGACAAGACUCCCUUUACAAGAUCUGCAAGGCUUACUCUGUUUACGAUGAGGAGAUUGGUUACUGCCAGGGACAAUCCUUCUUGGCUGCUGUGCUACUGCUGCACAUGCCAGAGGAGCAGGCUUUCAGUGUGCUGGUCAAAAUCAUGUUUGAUUACGGGCUCAGGGACCUUUUCAAGCAGAACUUUGAAGAUCUGCAUUGCAAGUUCUUCCAACUUGAGAGACUCAUGCAGGAAUAUAUACCAGACCUGUACAACCAUUUCCUGAAUGUGGGUCUGGAGGCUCAUAUGUAUGCCUCUCAGUGGUUCCUCACCCUCUUCACAGCCAAGUUCCCUCUUUACAUGGUCUUCCACAUCAUUGACCUGCUACUGUGUGAGGGCAUCAGUGUGAUCUUCAAUGUGGCCUUGGCACUUCUGAAGACAUCAAAAGACGAUUUGAUCCAAACAGACUUCGAAGGUGCACUCAAAUUCUUUCGUGUCCCGGUUCCAAAGAGGUACCGCUCUGAAGAAAACGCAAAGAAACUGAUGGAGCUGGCCUGUAGCAUAAAGAUCAGCCAGAAAAAGCUGAAGAAAUUUGAGAAGGAGUACCACACCUUGAGGGAGCAGCAGGAGCAACAGGAGGCCCCAAUCGAGAGAUAUGAGCGGGAGAACCGUCGUUUGCAGGAGGCUAACAUGCGUUUGGAGCAGGAGAAUGACGAUCUGGCACAUGAACUAGUCAGCAGCAAGAUAGCCCUGCGCAAAGACCUCGACAACGCUGAGGAGAAGGCAGACGCCCUGAAUAAAGAGUUGCUGCUGACCAAACAGAAACUGGUGGACUCUGAGGAUGAGAAGAGACGACUGGAGGAAGAAUCUGCACAGCUAAAGGAGAUGUGCAGACGAGAGCUUGAUAAGUCUGAAUCAGAGAUAAAGAAGAACGGCUCCAUUAUUGGAGAAUAUAAGCAGAUCUGCUCCCAGCUGAGUGAACGACUGGAGAAACAACAGACAGCCAACCGAGGAGAACUGGAGAAAAUCCGGUCCAAAGUGGAAGGCUGUGAGAAGUGCAGUAGUCUUUUCAACAAAGAAGGUCGUGUGCGGGCCGCUGUAACCACAGCACCUGCUGGGGGGACUGAGGAGACAGAUGAGGAGAAAGAGGGUUUGAAGAACCAGCUGAGAGAGAUGGAGCUGGAACUAGCUCAGACCAAACUGCAGCUGGUGGAGGCUGAGUGCAAAAUCCAGGACUUGGAGCACCACCUGGGUCUGGCCCUCAACGAAGUGCAGGCUGCCAAGAAAACCUGGUUCAAUCGAACGCUCAGCUCUAUCAAGACCGUGACUGGGUCCCAGGGCAAGGAGACCACCUAACCUGAUAACCCCAUCCUCCAGUUUUACCAAGACCAUGUCUGGAGCUCAGUGCAACGCACUUCGCUGAAACCUCUGACGCCUAACUUAACCCACUGGGCCAUAACUUUAACAUUGACCGUUAAAUCCCAGGAUGACCAUUAAUACAGACUGUGUUACUUGUUCCUCUUAUCAAGAAUGUCCUCAUGUUUUCCUGUUCCCAACGCUCCUAAUAUUAUCACCCCCAUCCAUGUAUUCUCCUCCCCACCCUGAAUGACUACAGCCAAAUGUGCUGACGAGAAGGGGUUGAAAACAUAAGAUGAAGUACAAUGGUACCACUUUCCCCAGAGACACAAUGUGCUUCCGAACACAGAAAGAAAAGCGUAAAAAAAAAAAAAUGCUUCAUUUAUUUCUGUCUUUGUACUGCUGAUAUUAAAGACCCG